UUCCAAGUCUCCAAUAGCCACCCAUUGCCACCCCCUUUACCUCUCCUCCCACUUCCCAAUUCAGCCCAACUCAAAUGGCAACAGAGAGAGCUCAUAAUGUUCAUGCACUUUGGCAUGAACACCUUCACAGACUCAGAGUGGGGAACAGGGCACGAAAGCCCGACCACCUUCGCACCAACCUCUCUCGACACAAGCCAAUGGGCUCGAGUAGCCAAGGACUCGGGCUUCUCUCUCGUCAUACUCACCGCUAAGCACCAUGAUGGCUUCUGCUUAUGGCCCUCAAAAUACACAGAUCACUCUGUGAAAUUCAGUCCAUGGAAGAAUGGAACAGGGGAUGUGGUCCAUGACUUUGUGGACUCGGCUCGAGCCCAGGGCUUGGAUGUGGGCUUGUACCUCUCGCCAUGGGAUCGGCACGAGCACACUUAUGGGCGCGACUUGCCUUAUAAUGAGUUCUAUUUGGGCCAGCUACAGGAAUUGCUAAGAAGAUAUGGGAGCAUAUCAGAGAUAUGGUUUGAUGGGGCAAAGGGUGCAGAUGCAGCCAAUAUGACUUAUUUCUUUAAGGAUUGGUUCUCUAUGGUGAAAGAGCUCCAAGGAUCUAUAAAUAUAUUUUCAGAUGCAGGGCCCAAUGUUAGGUGGGUUGGUGAUGAAGCUGGUUUCGCCGGAAGUACAUGCUGGUCUACCAUUAACCAAAGCUUGGUGACGAUAGGCACCUCAAAUGUUGGGUAUCUAAAUUCCGGAGACCCCCAUGGACACAACUGGGUGCCCCCCGAAUGUGAUGUCUCACUAAGAAAAGGGUGGUUUUGGCAUAAAUCACAGGGCCCAAAGCCCUUAAAUCAGCUUCUUGACAUCUACUACAAAUCGGUUGGUCGAAACUGCGUAAUGCUACUAAAUGUGCCACCAAAUUCAAGUGGACUCAUAUCCGAGCCAGAUAUCCAAACCCUAGCCCAACUCAAAUACGCUAUCAAAACCAUUUUCCAACAGAACUUAGCCCAACAGGCCAAUAUCAAGGCCAGUAGCCAAAGAGGAGGCAAACAAGGCGGGUUCGAGCCUUACAAUGUGUUAGAUGAUGACAUUUGGUCUUAUUGGGCACCUGAUGGAUCAAAGAGACCGACGGCUGAGGGACAUUGGAUUGAGCUUAAGGGAGGAAAGGAAGGGUUCAGAUUUAAUGUGGUGAGGAUACAAGAGGCAGUUGGGUUAGGACAAAGGGUUAAGAGAUAUGAGGUUUACGCGAGGUGGGGAGGGAAGAGUUGGGUUCUGGCUAAUGGGACCACAAUCGGGUACAAGAGGCUACACAAGUUGGACCAGGUAGUGCAGGCUAGGUGGGUUAGGGUACAUAUUUUGGAGGCUCGUGGGUUGCCCUUGAUUGCGUCCAUAGGCCUGCAUCAUGACCCACUUUAAACCUUUCCCUCUCCCUCUCUGACAUGCAUGUUGGAGUUCUAGAAGAAUAGCUGCUGGGAACAGUAGCACGAUUGGAAGCAGAAGUGGGGAAUGUGAAUAAUUCAUACCAUAAAUAAUGAAUUAUUUACUUAAAAAAUAAGAUAAAUCUAAAAGGAAAAAUAAUUGAAGCGAUCUGAUGUUGAUGUUCUCCAAAUUAGCUCUAGUAUGAAAAUAUUGCCUUUCUUCAAAA